GGUGGGUGGCUCUUUCUACCUCAUAGCAGAGUGACAGUGAAAGAAGGACCCAAACCUUUAAUCUUGUUUUGCAGUGGAUUUAGCAGAAAGCAGCUGCAGCAGCCUGGAAAUUACCAUGGAAAAAAUCCUGAAAACAGAAUUGAAAACUUCCGUUCUGAAGGCGUUUGGAAGCUCGGGAGGAGGAUACAUUAGCCAAAGCCAAGCUUACGAAACAGACAGUGGACGAAUAUUUGUUAAAAUCAACCACAAACCUCAGGCUAGAAAAAUGUUUGAAGGGGAAAUGGCAAGUUUGGAAGCUAUUCAGAAAACCAGUAUUGUGAGAGUUCCUCAGCCUAUUAAAGUAAUUGACCUACCUGGAGGAGGAGCAAUGUUUGUCAUGGAGUACCUAAAGAUGAAACACCUUAACAAAUAUUCUUCAAAGCUUGGAGAACAGAUAGCAGAUCUUCAUCUUUAUAACCAGAAACUUGGAGAGAAAUUAAGAAAGGAGGGAAACACAAUUGGUAAAGGAGCAGGUCACUCUGAGCCUCAGUAUGUGGAUAAGUUUGGAUUCCAUACAGCCACUUGCUGUGGUUAUAUACCACAGGUGAAUGAAUGGCAGAGUGAUUGGCCUUCCUUCUUUAUUCGUCACCGACUCCAAGCUCAAUUGGAUUUGAUUGAAAAAGAUUAUGGAGACAGAGAAGCCAGAGAACUUUGGUCACAGCUAAAACUAAAGAUUCCUGAAAUGUUCUGUGACGUAGAAAUUGUUCCUGCUCUCCUGCAUGGGGACCUGUGGGCAGGCAAUGUGGCUGAAGACGACUCUGGGCCAAUUAUCUUUGACCCUGCUUCCUUCUAUGGCCAUUCUGAAUUUGAACUGGCCAUUGCUGGAAUGUUUGGUGGCUUUAGCAGCUCUUUUUUUUCUGCCUAUCACAGCAAAAUACCCAAAGCUCCAGGAUUUGAGAAACGAAACAAAUUGUAUCAGCUCUUUAAUUACAUAAACCACUGGAACCAUUUUGGGACAGGGUACAGGGGAUCUACCCUAAAUGUAAUGAGAAAACUUUUAAAGUAACUAAUAGGUUUGAGACAUACCGACAUUGUCCCUUAGUAAUUAACGGCCUUGCUUAUCAGAAGUAACACAAACUAGGAAUUUAUGUUGAUGAUAAACCACCUGACAUGUAAAAGGCUUAGUGCACUUUUGAGCCUCACUAAAUUUUAAGAGUGAUUGUGUAAUUUUUAACUUG